GCGUUUGACAGAUUGGGGGACUCAGUACAAGUGACCCCGUUGUCUCGACUUGAGGCUUACGGAAAAUGUCCUAAACGUCUGAUAUGAAAUGCUUUAUGACUGAAAAUUCACUUGUAAGGUGAUGGGUAAUACACAAGGGAGAAGCCCUGAAGGUAAGAGAAGCGUUAGAUUUAUUUUUUAGGUCGAGAGAAGGGCGCAAAUACUUGAAAUUCAAGUGUGACAAUGUAGUUGUGAAGGGCAUUUUGCAUGACAAUAUAUGGUUUAUGCGAUAGAACUUAUACAAAAUACACCUCGGGCAAAUUUUUAUAAUAAUUCCUAGACCGUAAGUGAAUUUUACUUGGAUAAUUUUGACACUAAAGCAUUCUCUUAACGUAUUCUCUUUUGCUUAGGACAUUUUUUUAUCGUUUAACAUCUCAGUUGGAUCAAUGAAGAUGUAAGAUUUCGUAACGGCCUUUUCUUGUGAAGUUGUAGUUCAUGCGGCGUCAGGGAUUCUCUGCACAUAUCGCUCAGUUUUAUCUAAGCCACAAAGUUAAGCAGUCACAAGUCAUAAAACACUUUCCGUUUGACUUCUAGCGAGAUAAAUCCGUUUGUACACAACGUGUUAGCUUUUCUUGAAAGGGCAAAUCCACUCGCGCGAAGUGUUUGUUUGAACAACAUAAGCUCAAAUCGAUGCUCUCGUUUAGCAAGAUGAUUUCAGCAAAUUCGCUACAUUGCUUAGGUUAUUUCACUAUUGAAUAUUCUAUUUACACAAUUCCUCGUUUUUUAGCUCCCAGAUAUGUUUAACAAUGAUUAUUAUUUGCUUCGGAAACCUGAAUUUCGGCCGUCUGUGGCUCCCUAGCAUCGCAUUGGCUUUUAUAGUCAUGAAAGAUCUCGCCUUUCACAACCUUCGAGAAUUAGAAUGCACUUAAUAACGUCAAUAUUUUGCUUUCAUUCACUUCUCCUUUCGAUACAUUUACCAAUGAAUAAAGUUUUCGUAAAUUCUCAAUCAAUUACAGUUACAUUUCCCGUAAGUUUUCCAAUAUAAUGUUCCAUGGCCCGUUUAAGCUAGGUAAUGAAGCUUACAUCAAAUUAAUGUUCGUAUCGUUUCGCAUUAGCAUAAAUAAAGCGCUCCCCAAUAUUACUUCCCUGCGUUUUUCGCGCAAAUGUGUAAUUUAAGCAUUUCUUUUUUUCCACUGAAUGCUUUUCAAAACAGCGGUGAACUCAAAUUUUGCAUACGUUUAAUGAAAUAUUGUUCAAGUUUAUCAUGAAGCUUCAAAACAUGCAGCAGCAAGGGUGGCCAUAUUUUGUUCCUUGCAUUUGUUGGUACAAAUCCGAUUGAGCAUUCUUGUCGUAAAAGUUUGCAUACUGUGAAUUUCUCGACACCUCACUGUACAUACCAUUUUGUGAACGAUAAAUUUGAUAUGAGUGUCCGGACAUUUUGAUUAUUGUGAUGAUUUCCUGCAAUUAGACGUCUGAAAAUGUAAUCGAAUUAUUUUUUUGUAAAUUUUCGCAGGUUUUCCGAAGACAAUCCGUGAAAUUAGAUACCUUGUUAUUUGUAGUGACGGUUGGUUUUCGUCAAAUUUAUUACCUAUUUAUCACUAGAUCGUCUUACUUGAAAGGCAUUUCUCCUAAAAAUACAGGAGACGUAGAAUAAUAUUGUUGCAAGUCUUUGCUACCAUUUUGAAUUUUUUGUAGUUUCUUACAGCACGCUGACUACGAAGAUAAAAAGUGUUUAAGUGUUUAUGUUUUUGUGUUUUCGAUAUAAGCUUAAAUACUCUGGUGCUAGAGUUUGGAGAAACAUAUGUUCACAUUGGACGUUCCACGUUUUUUAAAAAAUUAUACUAAACGAAGAUAAGUGAUUUAUCCAAUGAUACAACUGUAUAUUUUAUCAUAUGUACAGUAUACUUUUAUAUUUUGGUUUUAGUAUGCUGAUAGAUCGAUAAGGGCGAAAUGCAUACCUGAUAUUCGCCAGCUCACGAUUUGAGACAUUUAGUCUCUGAAAAUAACUAAUAAUUUAUUAUCGUUGCACCGUCAAGGAAAAAAAGCAAGCAAAUUCUACUUAACAAGUGUCAUUAAUUAAGAAAUUCAAACUUCAUAAACAUUUUGGCCUAACAUGAUAAUGUUUCAUUAAAAGAUCAGUCACAAAAACUAAAAAAUAUUAUGUCUACAAGUAGAAAUGUUUCUUUUACUUUUAGCACAGAGUAAAAACAUUUUUUGAAUUGAUUUAUCUUAGUUUUUACAUUCGUCAAGCACAUGUAGAGAGGAGUUUCAUCAAAAGCUUACACAUGUAGUUACUGAUCCUUAGCUAACUCGUGAAGUGAAUCUUGUGCCAAUAUAGCAACCAUGGGAAAUUUAUAUUGUUCCAUCUUUAUAAUUUAAAAAUAUCUCUGUGGCUUGGUCUCAAGCAAUGAUAAUAAUAUGUCUGAAGCAAUGAUAAUAAUAUCAUAAUAAUAGUUUUUUAUUUAAAAACAAUUAGUUCUCCAUGGGAGGUUAUACUUGUUAGCCAUAAUCUUAUUAGCACCUGCAGAGCUGCUCCAGAGUUUUAAUCUUGUCAUUUCAAAUAGUAUGCAUCAGAGAAUUUAAAAAAUCCCAAGUUAUUGUUACAGGUAUGUAAAAAAACCUUUUCAAUAAAACAUUGCAGCAAACCACUGCGUUAAUUCAUGUGAAGUAUUCCACAUGUAUACAAAAUUCAAUUUAUUUUAAUUCAAACCUACAUGUAUAUGUUGCAGUAAUUUUUUUUAUUUUGGUUAAUUUUUGUUUUUCCUUUGUUUAAAAUUGAUUAGCAUACAUUGCCAUACCCAAGAACAAUAGAAAAAUAAAAAUUAACUUGCAAAAAAAAUUCAGCAGUUCUUUCACGGAUGAUAGAUUUUUGAACGCUUUCUCUGACUGAAGACAAACUUCAGACUAAAGUACCAUAUGUGGUUUUUCAUCCUUUUGGCGGACAGUAUUCGGUAAAAGAUCCUUCACGUUAUUGCCAUCCUUUUUCAUUUGCACCCUCCUGUCUAGCACAAGUCAAUACUACAUGCAACGCAAACACAGCAAGCAUGGUAAAAUAAAUGAAACACAAUUUCUGGCAGUCAUUUGACUUGCAAUGUCUGAGGUUGCUAGGUCGUUACGCUAGGUGGAUGCAACUUUAAGUAAGCAUGACUGAUCAUAAAUGCAGUGUCAGUGUUUCAUCAAUUUUCUACAUGGUAUUUCAGUAUUUGCCAGUUUUUCUUAUGGUUUUGUGGUAUUUGGUACCUCACAAUGUCCACCUCUUCUUAAUUUUAUUAACUUGCUUGUUGUCCAACUUGCCAUGCCAUCUAUCUUUGCCAUUUCUCCUUCCACUUUCUUUAUGUUAUCCUUAAUUGCCUUCUCCUUUUCACUCAUUCUGUACAUGAAGUCUUAUUAGAUUAACAAAUCCAUAGUAAAUAUAGUAAAUCUCUCUUUUUUUAGAAAAAGACAAAAGAAGAAAGGGAAAAUCUCCAAAAGGCAAUGCCAUUAAGCAAUUCUCACCUGUACCAGGGCGCAGUGGGACAUCACAUCUUAACGGAUCUGUUAACAGCAGUAACCACAGGGAAAGUUCUAUCCAUUUGCCUUUAAAAGAGUAUGAAGUUCCAGAUUUCUUAAAAGAUACUCAGCAACAGAAGCAUCAAGAGAGUUCUUCUCCUAUCGUAACACGCAAUCUAAAAGAUCUAGAUUUUUCACCAAGCAAUGGCCAGGGUUUGAUGAUUCCCAGGGAGGAGCUAGCAGUUCCAGAAUUUCUAAGAAACAGCGAGGACAGGCAGAGGAACGAGAGGUUGCGUCAUGGAGGAAAUUCUGAUGGAGGUGAUCAAGAAAUUGCUAGAGGAGGUUAUAGAGGGGAGAGACAACGAGCAUCUCAGCCUUCAGGGGCUCAACAUAUAAGAUCAAAGACUAAUGGUAUAAGAGAUUACAGCAAAGUAAAUGGUGAGCAAAGACCCCAUGAUUAUUUAAGGGAUCGAAAACAUGACCAGGAAGUUCGAGGAGCUGAUUUUCAAAAGAAGCGGAACAGAGCUUCAUAUGAUUUGACAGAGAAUAUAGCUCAGCUUGGGCUAGAAAAGCCUGGAAUGUCCUCCAAAACUAGUUCUGAUACAGACAGUGAUCUCAAAGUGCAACAUAGAAUUGCAUUUUCAGAUACAGGGGAGGAAGAGGAGUGCUAUGACGAAUUUUCUCUAAAAAGAAAAUAUAAAAAAGGACCUUCCAACAAGAGUAAAAGUAAAGGAAAAAAUGUUGAAUUAAACAUGGAUGUAAAUAAGGGUGUUGGACCUUCUGUUCGACCUCAAUUGGAACCCGGUGGUAGGAGGAAGUCCAAUAACUGGCCAGCAGACAGUGAUAGUGUACAGAGCACUUCCUCACAAUCAUUUUCUGAACCUAUUUCAACAAUGUCUUCUGACAAAGACAAGUUCAGUGUUUCUGUCAGAGAUCACGGUAAUUUGGCUUUGAAGGGUAUCACAAGUAAUGGGAUUCUUUCAUCUGCUGGUAAACUGCACUUGCAUGGAAUUACUAAUGGCCAUAUUGAGGAUGAUGUGGAUUCACCACCUUCCACACAGAGGAGUGGAAAUUUAAACACUAGUCUUGGCUAUAAUGAAAGCUCACCAGAAGAGGAUGUCCACAGAGUAAAGCGAAAAGAUUCACUGCAAGCUCAUUUGCGUAGUAGAAUUACAAAGUUGGAGAGGGCAAGACAACCUGUAUUUAGGUCAAGAUAUGAUAGUGACUCCACUACUGUGAGUGAUCAUAGUGCCUUUGAGGAAGUCCUUCCUCAUUAUCCACGACGAAAGUCUGCUCCUGGACUGAAUUCCUUGAAUGACUUACCAGAGGAUAUUUUGAUUCUUAUUUUAUCAUACCUGUCUACAAAAGACCUUUGUCAGGCAUCAGGGGUUUGUCGAAAAUGGCAGGCACUCUGCUGGGAUCCGGUGCUUUGGUCGCAUAUCAACAUAACCAAUUACCAAGACAGUGACAUCAAUAAAGUUCUACGGAAUCUCUUGGCAAAGCUAGCAAUGGACACCCAAGGUUACUGCAUGACUGUCCACACUAUUAAAUUAAGUGGCUGUGAACUUUUAUCAGACAAAGGUCUGGGUUUCAUUGCACGGUUCUGUAUAGAUCUUGAGGACCUGGACGUCUCAGGCUGUUGUUGUAUAACCAGCAAGGGGCUUCAUGAUAUACUUCUGAAUUGUCAGACUCUAACCCAUCUUGACACCAGUGGUUGUACCUGCAUCAACAGUAUAUCAGCACCAGUAACAAAUGGAUUUGGGCAUCACGGCUCAUUUCUACGGUUACGACACUUGGACAUGAGUGAUUGUGUCGCCUUUGAUGACUUAGGGCUGAGAGUUGUGGGUCUCAGCUGUAAUUUGCUUGAAAGCCUCUAUCUCCGCAGAUGCAAUCGUGUCACUGACGUUGGCGUUAAGCAUGUUGCACAGCACUGUAGUCACCUUAAAGAACUCAGUGUCAGUGACUGUUACAAAGUGAGGGAUUUUAGUUUAAAGGAAAUAGCCAAGAAUUGUGCAGGCUUGAAGUACCUCAGUGUAGCAAAAUGCCCAGUAAGUGACACUGGGAUGAAGUUUAUUGGAAAACACUGUGUUAAAUUAAAGUACUUAAACAUCAGAGGAUGUGAAGCUGUGACAGAUGUUGGUAUCACUCAUAUAGUUCAGAACUGCUUUAAACUGAGAUCCCUUGAUGCAGGAAAGUGUGACAUUACUGACAAUGGAUUACAUAUCAUUGGUAUCCAUUGUCCUCAGUUGAAGAAACUCAGUAUACGAGGAUGCGAGCGUGUGACAGACACAGGAGUCAAGACUGUUGCUGCCCAGUGCUGUAGCAUCCAGUACUUGAACUUACAGGAAUGCAGCCUCAGUUAUGAAACUUUUAUGUAUAUAAGAGAGCACUGUAAAAACUGUGUUAUAGAGCAUACAUGCCCAGCUUUCUUCUAG